AUGAAGGUCUCUUCUUCCGUUGUCAUUCUGGCCGCCGCCCUCGGCGUCUCUGCCCACCCCAGCGGCCACGCUCACCAGCGUGCUCACGCCAAGCGCGACUUCGUCGUUGCCAACAAGCCCGUCACAGUUAUUGAGUACGCUACUCAGGUCGUCACCGCUGAUGCUGCCCCUGCUACCGCUGUCGCUGAGGCUCCCGCCUCUCCCAAGGUCGAUGCCGACACCGUUGUUCCCAAGGCUUCCACCAGUGUUCCCGCCCCUGCUGCCUCCGCUCCUGCUAAGAACAAGGGCAAGAAGCACAACUCCGGCUCCGGUUCCGGUUACAAGGCUUUCUGCGGUGGCAAGAAGGCCAAGCGCGCCACUCUCGAGGACAUUGCUUCCACUGGCAACACUGGUGUUCCCGGUGACUUUGGCUGCAACAUGAUGACUGUCGAUGAGGAUGUCGCCGACAAGUACGACUACACCGUCACCUUCAACAACGAUCACGAUGGCGACAAGGAGUGUGCUUGCUGGAACAAGAUCGGACCUGAUGGCAAGAUCGACGGUUUCUUCGCCCAGAACGUUGCUCUGGAGUUCACUGUUUCCGCCUCCAGCUCACAGGUUGUUGCUUUCGACAGCGACUCCCAGGGUGGCUGCGCUUGUGCCACCUCCAAGGUCCCCACCACAAAAGACAACCUCUGGGCCGGUACUUGGCUCGAGUUCGACUUUGGCAGCAAGCGAAACAAGAACUGGUCUGGCGCUGACGCCUCUUGCCUUGUCUCUGCCGCCGCCAAGCUUGACAUCCCCGGUCUCCGAGUCUGCGACACCUCCUCCAACACUUGCUCUACCAUCAACCCCGGAGGUACUGGCGAGAACGCCUACCUCGGUGGCAUGGAGGCUGAGGACGGUAUUGGUAUCAACACUCCUGCCGAGCAGGUCCGCCUCACCGUCGACAUUGACUACUCCGGUUAA